AGCAGAUGUUGAAGUCUUGCCGACAGCUAACGAUGACGGUGCGUACAGCGGGUGCGUUGGUCGGUCGGGCCUCCUGUUCUUGGAUGGACAGGUACGGGAGGCCGGCGUCACCACCGCCGCUGCGGCCCCCGCGGUCAGCCAGCAAAGAUAGAUCGGUGCGAAGGGUGGAUUUGUGCAUCGAGCCCGGCCAAUCCUUAGGAUUGAUGAUCAGGGGCGGCUUGGAAUAUAACCUCGGCAUCUACAUCACCGGUGUAGACAAGGAUUCAGUCGCGGACAGAGCCGGCCUUAUGGUAGGGGACCAGAUUCUAGAAGUAAACGGGCAAUCUUUUGUGGACGUGACGCACGACGAGGCGGUGGCGCAGCUCAAAUACCACAAGCGGAUGUCACUACUGGUGCGGGACGUGGGAAAAGUGCCACAUGCAUGCACAGCUUAUGGCGAACGCGAUGCAGCACCUAGAAUAAGUGGUUGGGGUAAAAAGAGAGGUGCAGCAGCAGUGGCUGUAGAGCAGAAGGCUCGGUCACUGUUGCCGCAGAGUGAUCUCCCUGCGAUGGCGUAUUACAUGGAGGAAUACGUGGCAAGGAGACUCACGCCCGAUGCCUUUCUCACGGUCCUUAGGGAUCUUUUAGAUACACCGCAAAAAUAUACACUUCUAACGGAAAUUCGAGAAUUCAUGCUGCCUGAAGACAGACCGAGGUUCGACGAGCUCGUAUACAGGAGAGGGGAGGAACCUUCGGACCACCACAUUAAGCGCGGUGGUGAACGGCACAUGCUGCCAUCUUCCACGAUGCAUGAGUUGCACGACCCGGAGUACGAGGAAGAAGGCAGACGGUCGCGUCGGCACUCAUCCCCUUGCAACUCGAGAGAGGGCAGCACCACCGCAUUACACACACAACACUACGACGACGCUGAGCUGGCACAUAAGUUAUCGCGGAGUUUCGAUAUGAAAGAAGAGGGUGGAGCGUUAUUAGAUGAAAGAGGAGGUAUAAGACGGCACCAGUCUAUGCAGCGGUUACAGCAUGGUGAUGGACAAAUUGAUGAAGGCCGAGCAGCACGUGUAGUUCCUGACCAUCAUGGCAACCUACACAUAACGGUGAAGAAGACUAAGCCUAUCCUUGGCAUAGCUAUUGAAGGUGGUGCUAAUACUAAGCAUCCGCUACCAAGGAUAAUAAAUAUUCAUGAACACGGUGCAGCGUAUGAAGCAGGAGGUUUGGAGGUUGGACAGUUGAUCCUAGCGGUGGACGGUCAUAGAGUCGAAGGCAUGCAACAUCAAGAUGUCGCAAGACUUAUUGCAGAGUCUUUCGCGCAGAGAGAAAAACCGGACAUCGAGUUUCUGGUAGUGGAAGCGAAAAAAUCGAACCUGGAACCAAAGCCAACGGCAUUAAUAUUUCUGGAGGCCUAACAUCUACUGUCCCUCCCCGCCAGCGACCCACCGGCCGCGCUGGGCAGCGCGAUGCCGGUGGUCGACCUCACCGCUCACACCACGGAAUAGCCAACUCCAACCUGCGCUGCCACAUGCUCUUCUAAAUGCGAUAUUAACAAAAUAGACCCGUACUUCCCCAUUCCCGAGGACUAAACGCUAAAAUCAUUUUUUUAUGGUUUCGUUAUAAAAUUUAAGAAAUGUCUAAAAAAUUUCACGAUACAAUUUCGAGUGUCACAUUUCAAAAUAUUUUUCGAAAUUUUAUUUAAAAAAUUAAUUCGUUAAACAAAAAAUAUGUUUUAUGAAACCCUAUAGAAUUUUAGUAGUUGAGAAAUCUGCUUUUAUUGCUACGUGACAUGUUACUUGAACUUACAUGCGAAAUUUUGCGAUAAAAUUUACACAAUAAAGUUACCUAACUAAAAACUUUUCGAGGUUGAUAAAUGUGACACAAACUGUCCCAAAAUAAUAAAAUCGUCCUUGAGAAUGGAUUGUUAGGGUCUGGCCUUAGACGAAGAGGUGUUUGCUGUACAGGGAAUUAAUCUAUUGGAUGAUUAUCAUCGAUGUACGAAUCUAACUAACAUGACGCUGCAACGGGCUGAAUUGAAAACAAAAUUUAUUAGCGACAUGACGCAGGUAACAGUAGGCUAUACAAAAUAUAUGAAUGGCACAGGGGAGGCAAUACUGUUUUUUACAUCACGACGAAUUGUCCAGAAUAUUGAAUAAAAGAUAAAUUAGUAACGAUGCACACUGCCCGAGUGGUUUUUUCACGUUUCUUAUUACAAAAUGACGUCCCAUAUUUCGAACGGGAUACUUCGGGUAGUUGAAACAAUAACUUUUGUAAGUUAUUUUCUAGGCGUAGUGAUAAACCAUUUUUAACAGUAGCCAGUGACUGAAUUUUAUAUGGAAAAAAUAAGAUCUCCUACUUUUAUCACUACGAUAAGUUCAUCUCGUCACACAUUUGAAAUUUAAAAGUAAAAAUUUUUCAGGUAGACUCAGUUGAUUUCGAUUCAGU